UGAUGAUCCAAAGACGCACAAAGACAACCUCCCAAGAUUCCCACAUGCGGAUUGAGUUUUCCAAAGAAACAUUCUGAGAGUGGCACACGCACAACAUCGUAUUCCUCUCUCACCAAAUCAAAUGCAACAGUCUUCCCAUCAGACAGAGAAGAGUUGGAAUUUAAUAUCCCCCAAUGCAGUGCAUUAUUAGUAUGAAUUCCAACUCCUCUCAUAUCACUCAAAAAAGGACAGUGCUCAAUUUUUCUCCAAGAAUUACUCCUCAAACUAUAAACCUCCACUUGAUCAAGAUUUGCAACAGACUUCGUAGUAGGAUAACAAAUCUCAGAGAAGUGUGUGUUCAUCACCAACUUGUAAUCAUUGGCAUUGGGGUCAUAAUCAAAUCCAUAACUACCGUAUUUUUCUAGUGGAGGGAUUCCAUAUUUAUGAUUUUCCGAGGAUUUUUACAGAGAGAAACUAAUCCAUAUCACAAGAACCAAUUAUCACAUCUGAAGCACGAUUGGGAUAUUCUAGAGGUGGUUGGAGGGAAUCCACGUCUAGCGUCAUGAAGUCGCCCUGAUGGGAAAGAAGAAAGAGAUUGACACUGGUUUUGAGAGAAUAAGAGAGAUGCAGCCUGGUGAACUCGAGGGCGUUAAUAAGGAAGCAACAUGGUUUCAACAGGCACCUAAAGCGAGAACAUCUUUCAGAGCCAAACCGAAGAGGACUUCCUGGAUCAUGUCAAUUGUAAAGCUCGACAUCUUCUCGGGAUUCAGGUUCAGGCAACUGCUGGCAGAACCUGACGAUCGAGAGGAAAUUUCUGCUGGGGCUGGGAAUAUUGUUUAACUUGGGAUUAAGAUACAUUACCCUAACAUGUUGGGGGCAGUUUAAUCAUAAUAUACAUGGACUUUUCCU